AUGCCAUCAUAUCUGCUUAAAAAACUUAACACAAAAGAUUUUGAGGAAGAAAUCGCUAAGUUCAGAGAAAAUCCAGACUUAGACGAUUACGAAGAAGAUGAUAAACCGAAAGAAGAUUCAGAAUUUGAAGAUGAAGAGGAUCGACCUCCAGUUGUUAAAAAAUCUGGAUCAGAAGUGAGUGUACCAGAUAUACCGAAAAUAAAGAAAGCUUCGAUGCCAGAUGACGAUCAAAGCGAAAGUGAAUCUGACUGGGGCAGUGAUUCUGAUAGCGAUAGCGAAAGUAGUGACGAUGAUGGUCAGUAUCAGAACAUUCUCGAACGUUUCAUUAAAAAAGCAACCGAUAAAGAUGAUGAUGAAGACAAAGCUAAAAAGAAGGAACAGCGUAAAGAGCGGAAAGAUAAAGAACGGAAGAAGAAGCGCGAUGAAGAUGAUGAUGAAGGUGAAUGGGAAACUGUCAAAGGUGGUCUUGUUGUUCCGUGUGAAAAACCUAAAAUGUUUGCUAAAGAUGCUGAAAUAAAUGUACCAGCUGUACUGAAAAAACUUAGCGAAAUAAUUGCAGCGCGUGGUAAAAAACGUACUGAUAGACGUGAACAAAUAGAGUUUUUAUAUGAACUACUAUCCAUUGCUGCAUUACAUAAUCUUGGCCCAGCAAUUACUGUAAAAAUUAUAUUCUCAAUAGUAUCUUCUAUUUUUGAUUACAAUCCAAAGGUAUCAGAUGCAAUGAAACCUGAAUACUGGUCUAAAUUAUUAGAGCGCAUUUCAGAAAUGCUGGGUAUACUUCUUGCUAAUCCUGAUAUGCAAAUUGCUGAACACAUUAAUGAAGACGCUGAAGAAUUUGAAAAUCCUCCAUUCAAACUUCAUGGAUGUGUGCUUACACUCGUUGAACGUUUGGAUGAAGAAUUCACGAAACUUUUGAAAGAGUGUGAUCCUCAUAGUAACGAAUACGUUGAAAGAUUGAAAGAUGAAAAACAAGUUGCCAAUAUUAUUGAUAAAGUUCAAGAAUAUUUGGAACGUCAUGGCAGCGUAUCAGAACGUUGUCGUAUUUACUUACGAAAAAUUGAACAUCUUUACUACAAAUUCGAUCCGAAUGUAUUGAAACAAAAAGACGGUGAAAUUCCAGCAACCGUUGUUACAUCUGUCCAGGUUAUGGAAAAACUUUGCAAAUAUGCCUACGCUUAUGAUGGAACUGACCGUCUUCGUACCCGGGCUAUUCUCGCCCACAUAUAUCAUCACGCUCUUCAUGAUAAUUGGUUCCAAGCACGUGAUCUUAUUUUGAUGUCUCAUCUUCAGGAGACUAUCCAACAUUCUGAUCCUGCAACGCAGAUUCUUUAUAACCGAACGAUUGCACAUCUUGGUCUGUGUGCAUUCCGACAUGCCAACAUCAAAGAUGCUCACAACUGUCUUGUAGAUUUGAUGAUGACUGGUAAAGUUAAAGAAUUAUUAGCACAAGGUCUUUUGCCCCAACGGCAGCAUGAGCGUAGCAAAGAACAGGAAAAAAUUGAAAAGCAACGUCAGAUGCCGUUCCAUAUGCACAUUAAUUUAGAAUUACUUGAGUGUGUGUACUUAGUAUCUGCAAUGCUGAUAGAAAUUCCCUACAUGGCUGCACAUGAAUUUGAUGCAAGAAGAAGAAUGAUAUCUAAAACUUUCUAUCAACAACUGCGAUCUAGUGAACGUCAAUCGCUUGUAGGACCACCGGAAUCAAUGAGGGAGCAUGUUGUAGCUGCUGCUAAAGCAAUGCGUAAUGGCAAUUGGUCAGCUUGCAAUAAUUUCAUUAUUAAUGAGAAAAUGAAUGCUAAGGUUUGGGAUCUAUUUUAUCAAGCUGAUAAAGUUCGUGCAAUGCUCACUCGACUAAUUAAAGAAGAAGCUCUAAGAACUUAUCUUUUCACUUAUUCUCAUGUUUAUGAUUCGAUUUCUAUGCCAACAUUAGCUGAUAUGUUCCAACUAAAACGACCCGUCGUACAUUCCAUUAUCAGUAAAAUGAUUAUCAAUGAAGAACUUAUGGCUUCUUUGGAUGAUCCAUCUGAGACAGUUGUUAUGCAUAGAAGCGAACCAAGUCGUCUACAAUCAUUAGCUCUUCAACUUACUGAUAAAGUUAACAACUUUGUUGAUUCUAAUGAAAGAAUUUUCGAAAUGAAACAAGGCAAUUUCUUUUCAAGAGGAAACCAUGGAAACUUCCGUGACCGUCAAAAUUAUAAUCGUCAGGGUGCAGACUGGAAUCGUCAAAGACGAGACCGUGAUCGUAAUCGUGAAGAAAAUCGUAACUAUUAAGUUGUUUUUUAAAAAAAAUUAAGAUAGCGAUGGCCUAAAUUAUAA